GGCGUUCAUUGCGCGUUGCAGCUGCUUCACUAAUGCGCUCGAUGAGUGUCCAUACGUCGUAGAAGUGGUCGCGAGGUUCUGGAGCUGGCCUCUAACCCGCGUACGGUGCCGAUAUGAGCAUGCACUCUAGUCUUCACAGAAACAGCGGCAAUGGGCGUUUCCGCAACAGUCUGGAUUGAAACAUAGCCUAUGCGGCAGUAUGUCAGGAUGCAAUUAUGGUAACGCAAACAGCAAUGGCAAUUACUACGAUCCAGUCGGCAGUCAGCAAAAUCAGCCCACUGGGUAUACGUAUGGCACCUCGACAAGCUCGGCGCCCAACUAUCCCUCUGCUGCCACAACCCGGUAUCAGAAUGCGCCGGGCUCGGGCACUUUCCAAGGACACAACAGCACAUACAACAAUCAACAGUAUGGAUCCAACUCUGGAGCAGGCAACAGCUCAUACCAAGCCGCUUCGUCGUCGAACGGUUUGAGCGGACCAGGGUACAAUCAGCAGACGGCAGGAACAGCCAUUGGCAGUGCCGGUUACGAUGGCUCGUCGUGGACCACGGCCAACUACGGUACUUACCAUAAUAAUACCAGCGGCGAUACGAAUUUAGCAAGUCAGGCUCCGUCGGGCACAUUCGGCAGGCUCAGUGCGCCCGAUCAAACGCGGAGCAACUCUACGUAUGGAGCACAGAACUACCAGGCGACGACACGGCAGCAUAAUGCCACCCAGCAGUCACAUCACACAGCUCCGACACAGCCAUCGCAGGUCCAGCAGCCGCAACGGUACAAUAGCCCAUUGCAUGCAGCGCAAGCACCACAGCAGACUCGCAACACUCAAGCCACACGACCUGCCGCUACGACCACUCAUCAACCAUCGCCACGUCUACAGAACGUACAACGGACACACACCCGACAGGCCAGUGGAUCCGCGGAGCCGCAGUCAGCAACCACGAUGACCGUGAACCCGUCGCAAGUCUACGAUGAGCAUGCAGAACGGCAACGCAAGGCGCGGAUUGAAGCAGAGAAGCGCCGAAAGCGGGACGCAGAGCUUGCAGCUCGCACAGCUGAAGAAGAUCGCAUGGCGGAGGAAGGGCGUAAAGAAGAAGAGGCGAAGCAGAAUGCCGAGACGGAAGCUGCAACGAAGAAGGCGGCAGGUGCUCGUCAGGCCGAAGCACGCAGUAAGGCCCGCGAGGAAAUACGUCAAAGUAAGUCUGCUGCUACUACGUUGGCUAAGAUGGCGGCAAGCGGUGCGGCUGGGAGCUCGGCUGCCGCUGUGGCUUCCGAAGAAGCGCCACCAUUGAACUCCGAAGAGGCAGAGAUGCGUGCAAUGUUCAAGAAGAUGCGAGAGUUCAAUGCAAAGAAUCCUGCUAUGCUCGCCAAGCUAUGGGAGGAAGAACGUACGUCGCAUACAGCAUCUCAGUCUCCGCAAGCGGCACCGAAUGCGCCACCGAAUGCGCCACCGUCUGUACCAACAGUCCCAACACAGCAGCCGAAGACUCCAGCGAUGCCAAACACGGGUGCGCCUCGAGCUACCCAAACGCCGAAGUCAACGCCUGCAAGUGCCAAAGCAUCGAAGGCAGCUGAGAAACCCGAACCAAGAGCAGCUAUGCCGAUUAAUGCGCAAGCCAGUACCUCACUGUGGCCUCCACAUAAGAAGGGCAUCCUGUCUGAAGCGGCCGCGAAGUGGUUGUCGAACCUUGCAGAGAACGAUGCCGCGGGCAAAAAGGUAGCACGCGAGGAUAUACUGAAAAUCCUCGACGGCAAUCCGUCUUAUGUCCGGCUAUGCGAAGCGCUCGAGAAGUUUGGCCUGAAGUUCGAGCGUUCAGCAUUGGCUCGAGAGCUUCUCAAGGCCGUCCCUGACAGCAUGAAGGCGCAGGUGCAGCAACAGCCAUCGGCAUCUGCGGUGCAGACAGCUGUAGCCCCUUUGCCGACGGUUAAUGGCGUUGCAGCGCAAACGAACACUUCGCCAAACACUCCCAGGAAGAAAGCUGGACCGAAGAAAAAUGUAGAAGCGCCUGCUACAGUCGACUACGAGGCUCCUUCCUUCACAAGUCUGUCGGUUGCCGCUCGUGCCGUCAACAGCAUGGGUAACACAAUGCCUCCCGGUGGGCCCGUUCAGCCUCCGCACUAUUACCCUGCACCUUUUGCGACACCGCAGCAACAUGCUCCGCCACCAGUCCGAGCGCCAUCCGUGUCUCAACCUCCACCAGAAGUCAAGGCCGAAGUCAGGCCACAGCCGCCUCCCCGUCCUCCAGCCAAUAAGGAAGAGGCAGCGCGUAAGCGCACCUUCAAUGACCUUGUUGAUUUGACUGCGGAAGACUCUGACGAUGAGCCGCCGCCGAAGAAGAUCUUCUUCCAGCCGUCACCGUCCGCAGCUGAAAGCUCGCAACAGUUGCCACAGCCUCCCGCACCAACCGCCCAGAUGUCUACGACCUUCCGCCGGCCAAUGACUGCGCAAGACUUUUACAAUCCAAUGCACCGUUCGACACCGGCACUCGGUUUAGGCGCUGCAGUUCCUUGGGGAUCCGCAGGCGUCCAAGUUCAACCGCCGAGGCCACCACCACCGGCGGAAAUGGUACAGCAGCCUCAUCAACCCCAGCCGCAGCAGCAGCCGCAGCACAAGCACAAGGGCCCUCCAUUGGAAUCGAAGCAGAGCGAGCGAAUCCGGGGCAGAAUGCUUGUCGAACCUGUCAUGCGUGACCGCGUGGCGAGGAAGAACCAGUACGACAACCGGACCAUUGCGCGGGACGUCUUGCUUGCUACGGGUCGACAUCCGGACAUGCGGGCGCUGAACUCGCAUUUGCAUACUAUGGCUAAGCUGCUUGGAGACCACGGUGGAUCGUUCGAGGUAGACGGACAGCGCGGUAAUCGUGCUGAUCUAGCCACCAUCCGCUGGGAUAUCAUUGACCCGCUCGAGCCUGUCAAAGCCGAUGCGAGGGUGCCCCACGAUGACGCUGCGCUCGACGCUGAUGACGAAGGCGAUGAUUCCGAGCCUGAUCCCGAGCCUGAACCGCGCAUGAUUCGCCAAGCGGUCGACAAUGGCGACGGCACCGUCAGCUACACCUCCGUACGCGACCAGCCGCUGAUGAAACCGCACAUCAAGCGGAGAGGACGGCCGCCGAAGAGCAGCCUUCCGCGGACGAGCACGCUUCCGAGCACCGGCACCCUUACGCUUACUGGCGGAACAGCCGAGCCCACGAGCAGAGCACAUACCCCAAGGCAGACAGUAAACCAGCCUCGCCAGACUCCCGCAUCCGUGCCUGCACCAGGCGGCACACCUGUUGGGUACGCCGCCUUCCGACAAGUUGACGAAAACGGCAACGUGAUCAAAAAGAAAGGCCGGCCAGUCGGGUGGCGCAAGGCCGUGCAUUCGCGGGAAGUGAAUGGCCUGGACCCUGCGAAGGGCUCUAAGCCAUCGAAGGACACUAAACCACCGAAGACCGUUGUGGAGAUCGAGCCGAAGUAUCAGGUGUGGAGGUGUAAGUGGCGAGGUUGCAAAGCGGAGUUGCAUAAUCUUGAGACGUUGAAGAAGCAUGUCAUUAAGGUGCACGGCAAGCCGAACCAGAACCGCGAACUCGAAUGUCUAUGGGCAGGGUGUGUGCCGGAUGUAGAGGGGAAAGGCAAAGGCAAGGCGGAUGAUGAAGGAAAUGUGGCGACUUUUGCGGCGUUGGAGCCGUGGCUGGAGCAUGUCAACCAGAAGCAUCUGAUGCCUGUGGCGUGGGAGUUGGGGGAUGGGCCGAAAGGCGGAACUUCUGAAACGGCAUUACCUAGAUUAUAACGCCACGGAUUCCGAAGCCUACCUCUCAGACGCGCACGGCCGAUCCGUCACGC